AUUACAUCUCAGUUGCUAUGAGUUUAAGGAUCAGAUAGCAAGAAUGCCAGUUCAUUCCUUGCCUUGUUAUGCUCGUUGUGGUUAGGGAGAUAUUGUCUCCAUUUAUAUCUUUGUUUAUAAAACAGAAAAGCCUAUCCUCCAGUAACAGAGCCAGCCUUCUCUUCUCUUGUCUGCUGUUUUACCUCCUGGCUGUUCGUUCUGGUCCCAUACUAACAGCAGGAAUAGAAUCCACUGAACUAACUGGAGGGCCUCUUUCACUAUCCUUCCUUCAGUCGCUAGUAUUGAAUAUCAAACACUUCUCAAGAUACCCCAGUCUAUUAUCCGGAUCCAGGAGGAGCAUGGGUAGCUGUUGUUCUAAACCAGUGGUUGAGCCUAGCUUCCCAAAAGAGCCAGUAGAUACUGGUGUACCCCCUGAGGUAGCUCAAGAAAGACACGAGGAAACAAUAGAGCAGCAACAGGAGGAGAAGUUACCAGUUCAUUCUCUUGAUCCUGAAGGAAGAGUCCGUGGAGCUAGGAAAGGGUCAGUUGAUUCAAGUAUUGAUGAGAUAAAGCGAAUUAGAGCCACGGACCGAAGGGACAGUACACAAUCCACUCCAACUGAUAGUUUGAUUGUUGAACAAAAGAUUCCUCUGGUCAAGUUUCGGGAUAUCGAGGACUCACUGGCCACUGGUGACCUGGCACUGUUGUACAGGCAUGGAGAGAAGCAGCCAAACUACGGGAUAUUUGUUAAUCAUGGUGAGUGUGAUCCUUACUUCCCUCUGCUGCUAAUCAAAGGAAAGACCAAACCGAUGCCUCUGUCCUCUUUCAAUCCGUCCCAACGUGAUGUUAGAGUCAUCACCGCAGUCACUAGAAUAUUCUAUGGAGAUUAUGAGAGAGUUGCUAUCCGUAGACUGAAGGCUGGGGAGAAGAUUAGCUGCGGUCAGGCUAUGGAAGCAGCCACAAAAGUUGAAGAAGAGAUUCCAUUUACUUCUCAGGAAAUAAUGUUCAUCAAUGAAGCAGCAACUGACACUGAGAGGAGCCUCUACACGUGCACCUUUGCCCUCUCUCACGUAUACCGGGAGUUAGGGAUAAUGCUGGCUAAUCCAAUAGACAUUAGACCAGACACAUUUGAAGAAGCACUACCUCUAGCAUUUCCUAUUUAUAUAAAGCUACCAGCUUAUAAACCUGGGCCAUUAAUUGGAGGAACCCCUCCAUUGCUAUCACAAUUAGUUGAUGGUAUUCGUCAUCCUCCAGAGUUUCCCAUCAAGACCUAUGGUGAGAUGAGAGAUCAGCUACAAACUGGUGACAUUGUGCUCUUCUCUGGAGCGACUAGUUCAGGAGCCCUCAUUAAAAUAUUUGACGGAGCAGUCUUCUCUCAUGUGGGCCUAGUAUUGCGUCCCAGAUAUUCCAGUUAUGUCUUAGUGUGGGAGUCAAGCACCAAUAAAGCAGGUUUGGUAGAUGUCGACAGCGGCAGCGUUAGGAAAGGAGUUGAACUCCUUCCAUUGAGAAACAAGAUAUUCUCAGGCUGGUACAAUAGGGUAGCCAUUAGACGCCUCACAGGUUUAACUAGUGAACAAAGGCAGGAGAUAUAUGAGAAGAUGUUACAAGUCCGUAAAGAGUUGCAAGGUAGACCAUAUGAGAAGAAUCAUUUGGAGUUGAUAAUGUCAGGAAUUGACGUUGAUGAAGGAUACCUUGACUUCCUGAGGACUGACCAUGAAGACCUCAGCUCAAUAUUCUGCAGUGAACUAAUAGCACACACUUACCAAGAACUAGGAUUGAUCAAUAAGGACAGGUUGUCCAAUACAUUCACUCCUGAUGAUUUUGCUAGUCACAGGCACAUGACGUUAAACUAUGGAUCCCUUGAAGAAGAAGUAUACAUCGACCUCAAGUUUGACUAUGACAAAGAUCUUUACAAGCAAAGAAGCAUAUCUGCCAAAGAAGCCAUAAAUAAAUGAAUUUAAUUAUAAUAAUUAUAAAGAACAUAAUUAUCAUUAAUAAUAGGUAACAUUUUAACUUUGUUUUAGAGAUUGUGUGUAUACUGAAAGAAAAAAUAAUUAAUUAUUAGCAAAAAAUAA